CAGCCGUCUGAAGCGGUUUGUGAGCGAGUCAAAUCUUCAAACGCUAUUAUUGUUCGCUAACUACGAAAGACCUUAGAUGAACACCGCGCGUGCUGUCCUCUGUUUCGCAGAACAGACGGAAGAAGAUCAGCAAAUGUGCAUUUGUUUCGUUGUGUUCAGAUGUUCAGUAGCGGCCAGAUGAGUUGAAUGAUUUCUGAGGGAACGUGUGAAACUGAAGCACACGAGCUCGUUUAUGCAGUGCAGCAAAAAGUUAUUUUGGAGACAUGGAUCACUCUCUGUUCGGAUGCCUUCGGAGCCCGCAUGCCCCGUCCCAGGCUCUGCACCCGGCGUUCGCCCAGUCCUCCCUGGCCCUGCACGGCCGCUCCGAUCACGUCUCCUACCCCGACCUCCCGGGACCCUCGCCGCCCUGCAGCUACGGGGGGGAGGAGGGCGGUUUCGGGGGGCCCCAUCACAGAGUUCACCCCGCUCCGCAGCAUCCGCACCUCUCUCAGCAUCAGCCCUCCUGGCACGUCCCGCAGAUGCCCUCGAUGGACGGGGAGCGCCACGGCCUCUGCCUGCCUCACCCGGACUCCGCUGCUCCAGAGCUGUGCGGCACAGGAGGAGCGGGCUCCCAGGGCCUGUGCGCGGGUAACCCAGCACUCUCUGGAAGUGACCCUUCCGGGGGGGCGUCCUGCGUGUCCGGGGAGUACGGGAGACAGACCAUGUCACCUGUUGAGCCGGAGCGGAGGAGUAGCAAAGGGAAGAGUGACAGUUCAGAUUCCCAGGAUGGGAGCUAUAAGUCAGACGUGAGCAGUAAACCUAGGAAGGAGCGCACAGCGUUCACCAAGGAACAGAUUCGAGAGCUGGAAUCAGAAUUCGCUCACCACAACUAUCUGACACGGCUUAGACGUUACGAAAUCGCCGUCAACCUUGACCUCACGGAGAGACAAGUGAAGGUGUGGUUCCAGAACAGACGGAUGAAGUGGAAGCGAGUGAAGGGAGGUCAGCAGGGAGCCGCAGUGCGAGAGAAAGAACUGGUGAACGUAAAGAAAGGAACUCUCUUGCCUUCCGAGUUCUCCCCAAUGGUGGGACUGCAUCAUCCCAUGGGUUCCCCCAGCAACGAGGACGACAGUCACGACAGCGACCAGAGCUCGGAGCACACACAUUUAUGAUGUCCGCACUCCAGCCGCUCGGUUUCCUCAGGAAUCAGCUACGUCGGUACUUAGCAUCUAGUCCUGGGACGUGUCGUGUUAUUUCGUUCUGAGGUUGUAGGGUUUGUUUUUGGUCUGUGAAACAGAUGCUCACAGGGUUGCAAACCAGAGCUCAGCCCUCGGUGGCCACGGACUUUGAAGAGCAGUCUAAAUAAUAGUCAAAGGUGGCCACAAUUUUCAAGAGACUAUAAGCGUUUCAUCCGAUUUUGACAUUGUAAACAAAUAUAAGUCUGAAUGUUGUAAACAUUCCACAUGAGUGCCUUUGAGAGGAUUUUUGCACUGUUUUCAUUUUUGCCCUAACUGUUUGCUACUGUAUUUACAUACAGAUUUUGAUUAAAAAAAAAUACCUUUAAUUAAAAAAACAUAACCUGUGACCGCA